AUGGGCAUCUUCAGUGACAGACAGGAACUGGCCAUAGAUGGCAUCUUCAGUGACAGACAGGAACUGGCCAUAGAUGGCAUCUUCAGUGACAGGGCCAGGACAACCAGGAAAUACAUCUCUGUAGACCAGGAGGAAUACAUCUCUGUAGACCAGGAGGAAUACAUCUCUGUAGACCAGGAGGAAUACAUCUCUGUAGACCAGGAGGAAUACAUCUCUGUAGACCAGGAGGAAUACAUCUCUGUAGACCAGGAGGAAUACAUCUCUGUAGACCAGGAGGAAUACAUCUCUGUAGACCAGGAGGAAUACAUCUCUGUAGACCAGGAGGAAUACAUCUCUGUAGACCAGGAGGAAUACAUCUCUGAGGAAUACAUCUCUGUAGACCAGGAGGAAUACAUCUCUGUAGACCAGGAGGAAUACAUCUCUGUAGACCAGGAGGAAUACAUCUCUGUAGACCAGGAGGAAUACAUCUCUGUAGACCAGGAGGAAUACAUCUCUGUAGACCAGGAGGAAUACAUCUCUGUAGACCAGGAGGAAUACAUCUCUGUAGACCAGGAGGAAGACCAGGAGGAAUACAUCUCUGUAGACCAGGAGGAAUACAUCUCUGUAGACCAGGAGGAAUACAUCUCUGUAGACCAGGAGGAAUACAUCUCUGUAGACCAGGAGGAAUACAUCUCUGUAGACCAGGAGGAAUACAUCUCUGUAGACCAGGAGAAUACAUCUCUGUAUCUCUCUGUAGACCAGGAGGAAUACAUCUCUGUAGACCAGGAGGAAUACAUCUCUGUAGACCAGGAGGUAGACCAGGAGGAAUACAUCUCUGUAGACCAGGAGGAAUACAUCAAUGUAGACCAGGAAUACAUCUCUGUAGACCAGGAGGAAUACAUCUCUGUAGACCAGGAGGAAUACUCUGUAUCCAGGAGGAAUACAUCUCUGUAG